AUGAGGAGUUCUGUGGAUCUCAUUCAAGUAGUUGUACCUACUAAAACUCCAAAUUGCAAUUGCCUCAUUGCAAAAUUAGGGUUAACUCACAUGUGUCAUCAUCGUAUAGAAGAAUGGGAGUUCCUAAAGCAACAGAGUAGUCAAAAGCCUUUCAGCAAUUUGAGUGAAACUACUAGCGUAGCUUCAGAAGAUGAAGGUUCUUUGGAGGAAACCCAGGAAAAUGCAUCUUAAAGUCAA